GAUUUCAAUCUUCAUUACUGAGAGAUACCGGCGAGAAUGAGCAACACGACGGCGAACGGCGGAAGGCGAUUGAGCCAUGUGGUGCUGUUCGCUUAUCCGAAGCAAGGCCACCUGAGUCCAAUGCUUCAGUUCGCAAAGCGAUUGGCCUCAAAAGGCCUUCGAAUAACAUUUCUCACCACUACCUCUGCAACUAAAUCUCUCGAAAUCGAUCUUCCUGCGUCGUAUCAAAUCGAUCUUCGAUUCAUCUCCGACGUCCGCACUGAACCGAUUCGGUCGCUGAAGGACGAGCAUGAGAGCUUCGAGGCCGUCGUAUCGAAAUCGUUUGGGGAUUUCAUCGACAGAACACUAAGAAGUUCUGGUUACGAUCCUCCGCGCUUCGUCGUUUUCGAUUCUGUAAUGCCUUGGGCGAUGGAUGUGGCAAGAGUGCGAGGGAUCGAUUCGGCGCCGUUGUUCACUGAGUCUUGUGUCGUCAAUCACAUUCUGAAUCAGGUCUAUGAAGGCUCAUUCAGCAUUCCUCCGGUGGAAAAUGUGGCGGCGGGUAUUUCGAUUCCGCCGUUGCCAGUUCUUCAAACAGAGGAUCUGCCGUAUUUCUCCUACGAGCCAGAACUGGUCCUGAAAUUCAUGACCGAUCAAUUUUCCAGUUUCAAGAACGCGAAAUGGAUUUUCUUCAACACUUUCGAUCAGCUGGAGAUGAAGGUUGUUAAUUGGAUGGCACAAAAAUGGCCGAUCAAGACGAUCGGACCAAGCAUUCCAUCGGCAUAUUUGGACGGUCGGUUGAAGGAUGACAAAACAUACGGUCUAAAUCAUCAAAAUCUCAACCAUGGCAAGAUUUUUCAAUGGUUAUACUCAAAAGAAAUUGCUUCAGUUAUUUACAUCUCAUUUGGAAGCUUAGUUAUCUUACCCGAAGAACAAGUGAAGGAAGUAGCCAAUUUCCUCAAAGACACUAACUUUUCUUUCUUAUGGGUCCUCAGAGAAUCCGAACAAGAAAAACUUCCCAACAACUUCAUGCAACAAACAUCACACAAAGGUUUAGUUGUCAAGUGGUGUUGUCAAUUACAAGUUCUGUCUCACAAGUCCAUAUGUUGCUUCAUCACGCACUGUGGUUGGAACUCGACGAUAGAAGCUCUAAGUUUAGGUGUGCCAAUGAUCGCAGUUCCGCAGUGGAUCGAUCAAACGACGAACGCCAAGUUCGUCGCUGAUGUUUGGAAAGUAGGAGCUCGAGUUAAAAUGAAUGACAAAGGGAUUGCUACCAAGUUAGAGUUAGAAGCCUCCCUUCGACAUGUUUCUCAAGGAUAUAGACAAAAUGAGAUUAAACAAAACUCAAUCAAGUUGAGAAAUUUGGCUAAAGAAGCCAUGGAGGAAGGUGGUAGUUCUGAUAUAAACAUCGAACGAUUCGUCAAGGAGUUCGAUCCAUUUUAAUAAUUG